ACUUCUUCCAGAAUGUGAGCAAUACAUCAUAUAUCACAAUGGAUGAACUGGAUGAUCCAUUUGAUUACACUACCAUCGAGAUCCCAACAGUGGUGGGUCUCUUAAGAAAUAUUCUUGUCCAGUAUCCUGAUAAUGGUCAGAUAAUCAAGGAAUUGGUGCAAAAUGCUGAAGAUGCUGGAGCAACACUUGUUGAGGUGUUGCAUGACACACGAAAAGUUCAGUGUCCCAGAGCACAUAAUGCUGUCCAGAAGUUCCUUAAGGGGCCUGCACUGUGUCUUUACAACAAUGCAACUUUUACUACAGACGACUGGGAGGGCAUACGCAAGCUUAGUGACAGCAUUAAAAAAGAUGAUCCUCUGAAAGUUGGGCAGUUUGGAUUAGGAUUCAAGUCAGUGUUUCACAUUACUGAUGCUGUAACAAUCAUCAGUGGUGAUAAGGUGCUCUUUAUGGAUCCAAGUGAACCAGAAAAUAAAAUGUGUCGCAUUGUUUCUCUGAAGAAAUUAACAAACAUCUGCCCUCUUGAGGACUGUCUACUCUUCUGGAGUAAUUACAUGAGCACACAGAAUAUAAAUGAUGGCCACUUUGCUGCUACCCUCUUCUGGUUUCCACUGAGGGAGAGCCCAUCAAAGAUAUCAGAUACUGUUUACUCACAUUCACAUGUUACAAGGCUGUUUCAGUCAUUUGGUGUGGAAGCUCCUGUGUGUUUAACAUUUUUAAAUUCUCUUGAAAAAAUAUGUCUGAAAAGAAUUAAUGAAAAUCAUAAUAAUAUAGAAAUUAUUCAUGAAGUAGAACUAAUUAGUCCGUGCAUGACUGAAGUUCAGCAAAAAAGAAGAGACUUUAAACAAAAGCUCUUAAAAUGCAAUGGUAUCCCAUCUCAAACAACUACUUGCUAUUAUGAGGCUACAAUCCAGAGUGUGAAAGGAAACAGCACAGAGGAGCAGAUUAUGCAUAUCCUUCAUUACCUGCCAGGUUCAAGUGAAGCCUCUUCAGUAGUGUGGAAAGGAAAGGACAGUAGUGGACACAUGCCACUAGUUGGUGUAGCUGCACCCAGUGUAAAACAUGGCUCCUCAUGGUCUAGUGGUCAUAUUUUCUGCUUUCUACCAUUACCUCUAGAAUCUUCCAACAGUACCAAUCUUCCUGUUCACAUCAAUGGUUUCUUCGCUCUUGAUGAAAAUAGGAGACAUGUUAAAUGGAAAACUGAAGAGAGUAACAAUGAACCUGAGGUAUGUAUUAGAUUUGUUUUGUUAUGGGUAAAUGUUGGAUUAAGAGAUAUUACAAGCUUGUAUUUUUUACUUGCAGGAUCUGCACCACCAACAGUUACUCCUCAGAUAGUGAAGGAACAUAUGAAAACUUUAAAGUCUUUCAGAACAGGGUGGAAUCGAGCACACCUAUUAGAGUAUGUCGUCUCAGAUGGAAAUUACGAUAAUCUAGAAGGAAUUCCUCUCCUGCCUCUAGACAAUGGAACGUGGAUCACAUUCUCAAAGACUGGUCACUCUGUUUACAUCUGUAGAAAAGAAGAAGUUGGAGCUUUAUUGGGUCUGGAAAGCCAGAUCCUUAGAACUGAUCUUUCUACAUCAGUUGUUCAUCAUAUGCAGAAGAUUGCACAGACAGGUGCAACUCAGUUAAAGCUGUUCUCUCCUAGUCAACAUGGUGCUGUGCUUAUCUCUCAGAGUGCUCAGUUUGUCCAACAAUCAUUUUUAUCCCAGCACCAGUUAGAAUGUUGGUUGUCAAAAGUUUGGUCUGUCGUGGAACAUCUACACCUUCAUAGUGUGAAGAAUAUAGCUCUUGUACCUAGCAGUCAUGUUUUAGAUUCUGCAAAGCUAAUAGAUCUUUCAACUGCAAUUAUUGUGCAAAACACACCAUCAUCUCUACCUCAAGCAGCUGUACAGGCUCUUGAAUUUUUAAAAGUGCAAGUAAUCCCAAGGCCUCCAGGAUUUGUCCGGCAUCAUCAGUUACACAACUAUUUUAAUAGUUCAGAUGCUCGAGGUGUUACCCAGGCUUUGCUUAAGGUGUUGACAGUGCAUAACAGUCAUGAUCUUGCCAGGAUGUUUAAUAAUUCUAGAAGCGAUAAACAGGCUGAGGCUCUUCUUAAUGUUACUGAAAUACACAAUCUUCAGCCACAGAUUAAGGAGCUUUAUAAAGAACUUCAUAUUUUCAAAGCAACUGAUAGAUAUAAUUAUGUGACUGAUGUAUGUAUUAAUAAUUGUGACAAAAUAUUUCCAAAGAUUAUUAACUUUCCUGUAUGUUAUCCUGAAACCUUAAUAGUGCCAUCCACUGAGAAUCAAAGACAGCUUGCCAAAAAUUUGGGUGCCACUGAAUUUUCAAAGGAAGUUAUGUUCCUACUUGCCCUAGAGAGCACAUAUUCAGACAGUGAUACAAUAAAACUUGUGUCUUAUGUUCUAGAAGACAGAUUCCUAUUGAGUAGUCAUAUGAUUCAGAACCAGCUGAAAUUAGUGAGAUUUGUUCCAAACCAAAGUGGACAACUUUUUAUUCCUAGACAACUUUAUGAUCCUGAAGAUGUUGACAAUGAUGCAUUAAUUUCAGAAGACCUAAACCCCCAAACCAGCUUUAAGAAAUACUACCCACUUUUACGAACUUUGGGGAUGAGAAGAGUACAGAAUAUGCCUAUAAAUGAAUUUGUUGAGAUCAUCCAUAAUUUACACAAAUCUUUAACUAAAAAUGACAGAGUAAGCAAGGUAGCAGGUUGGCUUAGAGCUGCAAACUGCCGAUCUGAUUGCCACCAGAUAUGCAAUGAUGUAAGAAAUGUAAAGUUUCUUUAUGGUGAAACAUCUAAACCAGUUGGUUAUCCUAACAGCUUAAUUUGGGCAACAUUUGCAGAGCCAUAUAAACCUCAAGAAAUGAAGAGUUACAGUCACUUCAAGAAUACUCUGGGCUCAGUUGUGCCCCUCAUACAUUACUCUCUUAUUCAUAAUGUUGCAAACAUCUUUGGCUGGAAUCAGGAACCCAGUAUUCAAAAAUAUAUUGAUCAUUUACAAAAUAUCAUGAAUUGUUAUAAUAAUACAGAAGCAGGAUAUUUUGAAAUAAUAAAGGAAACUUACAAACAACUUUCAGAGUAUAUUAAUACUUCAGAUUUCCAUUUGCUCUCAUUGUCAGCAACACCAUGUGUGUUUACUGAAGUAGGUUUCAAAGACCCAGAACAAGUGUACAUCUUACCACAGGAGGGAGACUUGUCAUUAUUACCAUACAUGUAUCAGUUACCUUUUGAAUUACGUAAUUAUAGCAGUCUUUUUCGUGCUCUAGGAUGUUUUGAAACCCAGUCAAAGGAACUGUUCUUAACACUUUUAAGACAAAUUCAACAGCACCAUAGUUCAGGAAAAUCUGCAGAUGUUAAUCGUGACAGGAGAAUAGUUAUACAUGUUCUUCAUAAAUUAAUAAAUUUCCUUCAGGAUAUUCCUCCAUCUGAAUUGUUAUUGCCGGUGGAAAACAGGGAUGGAAGUUUAGAGUUAAUUGAAGUAGAGAAGUGUACAUAUUCAGAACAGUCUUGUGACUGGCUGGACAGUGAAGAACUCGGGGUAAGAGUGGUUCAUAGCAGUGUUGGAUCUGAACUAGCAAAAGCUUUGGGUGUAGCACCUCUAAACAAACAUUUAUUAGCUGAUGAAGAGGCAUUCAUGGAGUGGGGUCAACAUGAACCACUUACUACACGUCUCCACAACUUACUCCGGCAGUAUCGUGAUGGUGUUGCAGUAAUUAAGGAGUUAGUACAAAAUGCAGAUGAUGCUUGCGCUACCACUAUUUCCUUUCUUUAUGAUGAACGUCACAAUGAAGAUGCACACACAAGGCUUAUAAACAAUAAAUUGCAAGAAUUUCAAGGGCCAGCAUUGUGGGCUUAUAAUGAUGCCAUGUUCACUGAGGAUGAUUUUUCAAAUCUUCGAAAAUUAGGAGGAGGCACAAAGGAACAUCAGUCCUUAAAAAUUGGAAAAUUUGGACUAGGAUUUUGUUCAGUUUAUAACCUCACUGAUGUACCUAGUAUUGUCAGUGGAUCUAAUUAUAUUAUAUUUGAUCCACACCUGACUUACCUUGAUAGCAAUAACCAAACCCCUGGAGUGAGGUACAACUUUUCCAUGACAAGAAAUUCAAUUAUGCUGCAAAAACUUCAUGGACAAUUUAAACCAUUUAAUGAAGUUUUUGGCUGUAAUAUCCAAAGGAACUUGAAAUUUGAUGGGACUUUAUUUCGCUUUCCUUUACGAACUCCAACCCAAGCAAGCAGCAGUAAGAUCAGCAGUGUGAGUUACAUGCACAAAGACAUGAUAGAACUUCUUCAAAUGUUUAGCAAGAUUAUAGGGGAACUGCUUCUAUUUACUCAGCAUAUCAAGGAAAUUAAGGUCUUUUACUUGAAUAAAAAUGCAUCAUCACCAACAGAGAAAGUUCUGUUAUUUGAAAGUUUGAGAAAAAUAACAUUCUCACAUUCAAAUUCUGCCAUCAAGCAGAGAACAGUUAAAACUAACAUGGAGAGUGUUGCAAACCUAUUCAAUAAUAGUUUUAAGUGGAAUGGAGAAUAUUUUGAAGAGAGGACCUUUUUGGAAAUAAAUGUAAUGUGUUCAGAGGAAGGUAGAAAAUUAUGUCACAUUGAUCAGGGUAACUGGACUGUCAACUGGCUUACAUCAUGGCACUGUGGUAAUGGAGCAUCAUUUAAAUUUGCUGAAGUUCUUGCAGGGAGAGCCCUUCCCCUGAGUGCUGUUGCAGUGCCAUUAAAGAAGGAAACUGACGGCUGGCAACCCAUUAAGCUUUCAGAACUUCCUGAUGGGUUUUACAAGGAGAGUCAUAUGCAUUGCUUUCUACCAUUGCCAGUAACUACACCUCUGCCAGUACAAGUAAAUGGCUGUUUUGAAGUAGCUUCCGACCGUACAAGUCUUAAGACGCAGACCGAGGAUGACCGAAGAAAAGGUAUAGACUGGAAUGAAACUUUGAUGAGUGAUGCUGUAAAUGCUGCUUAUUGCAGCCUUUUAACAUCUUUGCAAAUACAAGGCCUUAGUCAGAAAUGUUCAUAUUACUUUACUUGGCCUAUUAAGUGUGACUCAGAUGAUAGGCUUGUAUUGAGCCUUGCAAGGCAUUUUUAUGAUACCAUUGUCAGUGAAGAUCUAAAAGUCUUUCGAAACAGAGGUGAGUGGUACACUUCCAGUGUAUGUACAUUUUUAGAAGAAUCGUUUUACCAGUAUGAUGUGAUUGGAAAAAUAGCUUUUGAAUUCAUGGAAAACUUAAUGGAAUCUAAAAACUUGUUGCAGAUGGUACUGUUGCCAAAAUACAUUCUUUCUGGUUUCAAAUCUGCAUAUAUAGCUGAACACAUGAUCACUCAAGACAGCUUUCUUUCACAUUUCUUCAUUCCAAAUAUAUCUAAGCAAUUUGUUACUUCAGAGAAAAGAAACAAGCUGACAUUGCAUAUCAUUGAUACCAAACAACCCUGUCUUAAAAAACUUAAAAGUAUUUAUUGCAUUCCUUCAACCCCAACAGGAAAUUUAAGAAUUCCAUGUGACCUAAUAGAUCCUGAGAGUACAGUUGCAAAAAUGUUCACUCAAGCUGAUGAGAGAUUUCCAGAGGCUUUGUUUAUUAAAAACCCUAACCAUCAUAGAAGUCUUUUAGAUUUGGGAAUGAAUUCCUCACAUAUUCCCAUAGAAAUGGUAAAUGACAGGGCAAAAACUGUUGCAGAAUUGACUUGUCAUAAUUGUGCUGUUGAAAGAGCCUUUGAAAUCUUGCAUUAUAUAAGAAAGCAAAAUGAUGUUGAACAAGACAAUAUUGCAGCAAGAGUUAAAGAUGUCUUAUUUUUACCAGUGAUGCCCAAGCCACAACAGUGGCCUCUAAAGUGGAAAGCUGAUACAUUGAAAAAGAAUUGUUCCCAAGCGUGUACCAGACAUAGCAAGUUGAAUGUUCAAAGUAAGAUAAAGUCAGUUGCAUUUGCAAAACCUACUGACAUGUGUUUAGCAAAAUUCAAAGAUCUGGUAGGCAGCACCAACUUUUUACUUUGGUUUCAUGACAAGAAUAAUGACUGGCUACCCAGUUCAUUAAUAGAAAAGCUUGGCAUUAUUGUGAAUGAACACAAACUGCCAAUAGAAAAUGUGUGUCAACAGCUCAAAAUGUUAGCUACUCUAUCACCAGUAAAUAGCAACAUCAGUGAGAUGUGUCAUAAAAUAUAUCAAUAUUUUGAGUAUAUGAUUCAGCCUCUGAAUUCAGUUGUUCCAGAAUGCCUAAAGGGACUAAGAAGUGAAAAGGUGUUACUUACAAAUCAUGGCAUCGUGGAGCCAGUUUUUUUUGCACUGUGUACAGAGAUUGACUGCUCGCCAGACUUGUUUUCAGUGCAGGGAGAGGGGCUGGGCAUGUAUCAGCAUCUAAUGAAAGUACUAGGCAUUGAAUUAACCUUUCAUGCAGAUGUUGUACUUCAGGUUCUCGUUCAAAAAAAAGAAAAAUAUAAGUUGGAGAAAUUAAAUGAAAGAGAAAUUUUACAAGUCUCUAAGCUUCUUACAUUAAUGUUUAAUGUUAAACAAACUGGUGACUGUCAGUUGCCUCUUCAUCUGCUGCAUCUUCCAGAUGUUGAUGGUUAUCUUUGUCCCAUAGACAAGUUGUGUUGUGAAGAUGGAGUUGAUCUGAGCUCAGGUGAAUUUAACUGUCUGCAUAAAAGCAUUUCUUUAUCACUGGAAAUGACAUCUCUGUUGGGAAUUAAAACCAAAACCAGAAAAUAUCUUGAGAACUCUUCAAACAGAAUACAUUUUGGCCAGAAUGAACCAUUAACUACCAGACUUAAAAACAUCCUAAGAGACUAUCCAUGUGAUAGUGGAAUUAUGAAAGAACUGCUUCAGAAUGCUGAUGAUGCAGGAGCAACAGAAGUAGCUUUCAUUAAGGACUUGAGAAAUCUUUCUAAUAAAAAGCUGUUUGACAAGAAAUGGGCACCACUACAGGGUCCUUCCUUAACAGUGUACAAUAAUAAAGGAUUCACAGAAAGAUCUUGGAAUAUACAAGACUUGGGUAAUAGCAGCAAAUAUCAGGACCCAGCCAGUACAGGACAGUAUGGCAUUGGUUUUAAUGCUGUGUAUCACAUAACUGAUGCUCCAUCAUUCUUGACAAGAGGACCUGAUGUCCCACAAGGAGAGACACUGUGUAUGUUUGACCCUCACUGCUGGUAUGAUCCUAUGGCUACUCCUGAAAAACCUGGGGUGCAGUUCAUUAAUCUGAAUGACUUGCGGAAAGACUACCCAGAUUCUUUUCAAGGAUAUUUAGAAAAUAUUUUUCUACAGCAAGAAGGCACAGUUUUUAGGCUCCCACUACGAACUGUUAAAGAAUCUAAUAUUUCAGAACUGUUCCCAGUUUCAAAACUUGAAGAAAACUUGAAAGAGUUCCAACGUGAGAUGGGAAAGUGUCUACUCUUUUUAAGAAAUGUUCGUAAAAUUUCCAUCAUGAAUAUUUGUGACAGUGGGGAGUGCCUUACUGAGUACUCAGUUGAAUCUUUCAUCCAACAACAAAAUGAGGUUUCAGUGCUACAAAAUAUGAUAGGAAAUAGAAAUCUUAUUAAUCAAAAGUGUAAUUCUGUCUUUAAUAUAGAUAUGGUGAGAGCAUCCUAUAUAAUGAAAAUUGCAGACUCAAAAAAGGCUGAGUACUUGUGGUAUAUUGUUCAACAACUUGGGGCAGAAAAGAAAGACACUGUGCCAGAAAUAGUGAAAGAUGCUUUUUCCCAUAAGCAGCUCAACUUGCUUCCUAAUGCAGGAGCGGCUGUUCUUCUGAAAACCAAUCAAGAAUAUAGUCAAGAUUUAUUUACUACUUCUUGUUAUCUUCCUUUGCCAGUGCAAUCAGGAUUACCAUUUAGUGUUAAUGGGCAUUUUACUUUAAAUUCUUCCCGAAGGGAUUUGUGGACUGGACUAAAGGAUUGUAAAGCCACGUGGAAUGCUUGGUUGAUGAAGGAGGUAUUGCUCCCAGCUGCUGUUUAUGCAGUUGAUUACUACAGGAAAUUAAUUUUCCCAGGAAGCAAAACUAAAAUGACACUAAAUCAAUAUACUACUUUUUCUACUGAAUCGAAACAAAAUGUGUUGGAUCAACAAUAUGGAGAACUACAGUGGCAUGCAUAUAUAAAGACUGGAAAUAAAUUUCCAAUAUACUUCACUAGUGUCCACACUAGUGAAAAUAAUAUUGUAAAUACAUUAAAGAGGCUUGGGAUGAAAUUGGGCAGCCAAUUUAUGCAUGAUAAUUUCUGUUCCCUAGGAAUUGAAUGUCAAUCUCUCACACCAGAUAUUGCUCUUAAGUUUCUUCAAUCUUGGGACAAAGAUUACCCAGACAACUGUAACCCAAUGAUAAUGAAGAGCAUCACAGAGACACCAUUUCUUUGUCCAAACAAUGUGCAUGAUAUUUUCAAGUAUAUUGCAACAUCUCAAGACUCAGUUGAAUUAGAAAGGCUUCCACUAUUGCUUACUAAUGACAACAUUCUUAGGUGUUUCGAUUCAAAUAAACCAGUAUUCAUUUCAUCAUACUGUUCUCUGCUUCCAAAAUCAGGAAAUGAAUUUUUACAUAAAUGCAUGGUAACCUUACUUGAAAAUACUCUUAAAAACUGUAUAGCUCUUAGUGUUCUGAAGGACUUUACAGUAGAGGAUCUGGCUGAUAGACUGCAUACAGAAUUAGGUCAAAAAUUUGCAAGUGAUGAAAUUUUGCCCAUGCCUAUCAAAUCAAGGCCAAAUAAAAAUUGGUUGAUGAAUCUCUGGGGAUUCCUUGAAAAUUACAUUAAAAAAAAUUACUGUAACUGUGAUGAUAAAACAACCAAUGAAAUUAACUGGAUGAAAGGUAGGAAAUAUAUUGAGAUGGCUCUUGGGGACUGGGCAUUGUACCCCUGUAAAUAUAACAAUACUGAAUAUCUCACUGCAGCAAAAAAUGCCUACAGAAUUUUAGACACUCGCUAUCAUCCACCAUCUGUUUUCAAUUCCUUGCCUAUUCCUCAUCCAUGUAAGGGAUUACCAUGUCCUGGUCUAAAUCUAACAGCAACUUUAGAAAAUCCUUUGCUUGUGUUAGAUAACCUUUACUUUCACAGAAAGGGAAUUGCUGAGUAUGUUUGUCAUAGUGUAAAGAUGGACAGUGUUGAAAAAAUUUCACAAAUAUUGGAAUAUUUUGGUCAACAUUGUCAGAGAAUCUCUCUCUCUCAGGAUAAACUUCGCUCACUGAGUAUCUUUGAAGAUGCUUCAGGAGUAAUGCAGAAAUUAAAAGACAAAAAAAUUAUUGUACCAGUUUCAUCAGAACUUUCCUGUAGAGAGUUAGGAAAAAUUGGAAAUAAUGACAAUAUUGUUAUUUUGAAGGCAGCUACAUCAGAACAUAUGACAAAUAUGUACAAAUACCUGAAUGCAGAUUAUAUGGAUGACAUGGAAAUUUAUGCUACAAUAAUUUUGCCAAAAUUUACUUAUUUAUAUGAACCUCAGAGAGUCUAUUUUCUCAAAUUCUUACGAGAUAAACUAAAUGAAACACAAUACAAGGGUGAAGACAACUGGAAUCCAAGUCAGAAAAAGGCUGUUUCAACAUUGAAAAUAACUCCCAUUAUAGAGUUUAAUGGAAGAUUAGUAACAGUAGAUCAUUUCUAUGAUCCCUUUAAUCCAGUAUUCAAGGUCAUGAAGAAGUGCAAUUUGCCACCUGAAUGGGUAAAAACAGAAUGGCAGUACUUUCUCAAAGUUGCUGGCAUGAUACAUGAAUUAACUCCUGAAAUGUUUAUACAGUAUGCUAGUUCUUUAUCAUCUAGUGAUUCUGAGGUGAAUAGAAAAUCUCAAAUUCUUACUGAACACCUUUUUGACAAUUAUGAAGCAUUAAGGUGCAAUUUUUUUGAGAUAAGAAGCAUUGAAUUUCUAAUACCAGGGAUUUGUAAAACACUGGAACAGAUUUUUCCACAUUUUAGAACAGCUUCUGGUUUGGUGUCUUUUUCUAAUAGUGUGGUAUUGAAAUAUUCUGACAUUUCAUGGACAACUACAAGCCUCUUGCCAGAAUAUGCAACAUCAUGUAAUGAUAAAAUUAGAAACGACUUAAAAAUCUUGGAAAUUCCCCCAAAAGAAAAAGUUUUUGAACACAUUCAUAAACUCUGCCAUUUUUUGAAGUUUAAGGGAAAAAAAUUAAAGUCAGAUAUAACAUGUGUAAUGGAAAGUAUUUAUCAGUAUUUACAAGAUUCCCUAGACAAUGCUGAUGAUAUACUUGCUUACCAGUGUACUCCAAUAGUGCAUUUACCCAAACACAAUACUUUUUCUACUGCUGAUUUAGUAAUUGAAAAUUUACAAUAUGAAAUUAUUCCAUAUAUUUAUAAAGCACCAGUUACAUAUGGAAAAUACUUUGACCUUUUUAAGCAUCUUGGAACUCUUGAAGUUGCCACUUGUGAUACAUAUGCAGAGGUUUUAAAGAUGAUUUAUGAAAAAAGUCAACAGCAAAUAUUGCAUCCUGAGGAAUCAAAAUGUAUGAAGCUGGCUCUUCAAGGAUUGUUGGAAAACAUUCAGGAGCUUAAAAAUCUUACAGUGUCUGAGCUAUAUUUACCAACAAAUGAAGGUAGACUGGAAAAAUCUUCUGAGAUGUAUUUGGUAGACAUUGAUGAAAAUUUAACUGAUAUUAAAGGAAAAUUUAGUGAAUCAACAUUUACAGGAUUUAAAGACCUAGAUAUAUCAAUGAAUGAUGCUGAAUUUGUAAAUUGUUUGCCAAAGAAUUUGAAGCCUAAGUUGCUGUCUCAUGUUGUGAAAGAAGAACUUGAUAGUGGUUCUGAGGAAAUUUCAUCAAGAUUACUUCAACAGGUUAGAGAGUUUUUGAAUUCAGAUUGUUUUAAGAAUGCAGUCUUGAGAAUUAUAAAUCAUGAUUUUAUGGAAUCAAACGAAUUGCCUUCUAAAGAAUCGGAAGUAAAAAGUAGUCUUGAUACAGUACAUGUGAAGCAAUUUAAAGAAAUUAUCACCAUUCUGAAGGUUAAUGAAAAUGAGAUAGGGAAAAGAACUAAACAGUUUUUUGUAAGUGUCAGCAGUAUAGGAGAAAGAAAAGUAACGCUCUGUAUUUGUGAGGCCAUUGACAGCAUUUUCCUUAGAAUUGCACUACUUGAUACUUAUACAAAUUUGCUAAAUUUUAAUUCAAAAUCCAUGAUGUUAUAUUUACCAAGCAUACUGGAACUGUAUGAAAACCCACAUGGCAUUAACCUCCUUUUGAAUAAGUUAGGUAUUAGAGAAUGGGGAAUUACAAACCUCACACAUACAUUUUAUCGUACUGAGGUAGGUUCUUAUCUUGAUGAACAACUAAUCCAUUUGUUGGAUAAUGAAUUUUGUCAAUUCCAUGAAGGAGAAAUUGUUUGCAUGAAGAAAUAUAUUAAUGGAGAAGUUGAAGAUACAGAAGAGAAUAUUUACAUCAUUGUUCAAGUGAAGCGUUUAAAAAGAAAACAUGAUAAUUUAUUUAUGAAUGAAUAUGAAGUUAAAACAGAAAAUGAAGCUGAGUUUUGCAUUAUAGUUCGAGCCCAUCAGCUGUACAAGUUUGUAAGAGCUACAACAAAGGAUUGCAAGGAUAUUGCCCUAACUGAUCAAGUAACUGAUGAUGCAUUUGAUAGUGUCUUUAAGGAUGAAAUUAUGAUAAUUAUAAGAAAACAAAUGGGAGAAAUAUGGAAAGUAGAAGACAAAAAAGAAAGACGCCACCUCUUGAGGCGGUUGAUUCUCAAGUGGCAUCCAGAUAAGAACAGUCAUAGAGUUGAGCUCAGUACUCGUGUGAUACAAUAUAUACAACAUCUGUUAAAUCGGCUGGAGAAUGGAGAAGAUAUAUCAGAUGAUAAAGAUGUAAAAACAUCAGGAUAUACUCUUAGUGGCUUCUACAGCAAUAUAUUCCAGCCCCCAACGAGACAGCAUGUAGGUUCCUCUGACUCAGUUGAAAGCCAAAUGUCUUAUGAAAAGACACCUGAUUAUCCUGAAGCUAUGAGACAUCUUAAACAGGCUGAACAUGACUUUGCUGAAGCUUGUAGAUGUGAUGGAGGAUCAUCAUGUUGGAUCAUGUACAUGUGUCAUCAAGCAGCAGAGAAGAUUUUGAAGGCAUCUUUAUAUCUUCAGAACCGAAGAAUGGCAGCAAAUUUUCAGAGUGGUUCAGCAUGUCAUUCACUGAUUACUAUAUCAUCAAGUUUGGAAUCUAAGGAAUCACUUUCCCUUGCAAUUGCCUUAGAUAAUCGUGUUGGUCAUCAUACAUUUUUGCGAUAUCCCUCAGUGAAAGGCUGUCCAUGUGACCAUUACACCAGUGAUGAUGCCAAGUACAUGUUAAGCAAAACUGGUGACUUAAUGAAGGUUCUUAGGCCUCACUUUGUAAAGUAAUUUUUUUUUAAAUUUUGUGUAGUGGCUGUUAAAAUAUAAUGAAUAUUGUACUACAGUACCCAUAAAAAUAUACAAUGUAAUAACUAUUUGCAAAUCACAUUGUUUAGUAUGUAGAUCAAUUUUUUUAAGUUAACAUUUCAUGAAAGUUCAACAUCUUCAGAACCUAUUCCUUACAUUAUGCUACAGCAACAUCAGUUAAAACACUUCACUGUUUAUCGAAGUACAUUUUAAAAUGGAUUAAUGAAUGAAUGUGGAACAUUAUAAAAGGAAAGAUUUUAUUUAUAAUUAGUAUUUUGUAUGUUACUAGCCCCUUGCUCCUGGCAUUUUAGUCGCCUCUUACAACACACAUGGCUUAUGGAGGUUAGUUAGUUUAAUAUGUUUAUUAUGCACCCCAUACCCAUCCUGUGGGCGGUAGUCAAAAGAUUACAGAGGUACAUAAUUGGUCCAGGGACUGGACCCCAAAGUUAUGAUAGCUGAACUAGUCACAAAGGUAAUGAACUCCAGGUAGAUCUGGUCACUAAUCAUGGCAAGUUACAGAGGUAAUGAAUCAGCUUCACUCCUAUACAUGGUUACAGUCAUGAACAAAUUACAAAGUAAUGAACCACUGAUACGUCCAUACCUGGUCACAAUUGUAAUGAGUUAUAAAUACAAAUAUUAAGUGGAUCAUACACCCACACGACGCGCGCGCACA